GCCAUCAUCACCGGUGGCAAAACGCGCGCGCCUCAUCGUGACUAUUGCUGGGAGCGUCACAAGCAUCUAGGCCUGAGCGGGUGUUUCUGCCGCCUUAAGUUUCCUCCAUCAACAAUACGCUCGUCACUCGCGGAAGUCUUACGUGCGACUGCAGAGGCAGCAGCAACGGCUCCGCUGAGGCUCCACGACCGGCCGAGGAUACCGCCAUACCGAGAAGACUGAGCAGUUUGCGAGCAAGAAUGACUGUCGCUGCAUUCACUAUGAUGAUAGCCGCUAGCGGGCUUCUGGCGACUGCUUCUGGUGAAUACGACCAGUCCUGCUGCGAUGUGCCGCUCGCCGUUUUCAACCUGAAACAGACCCUGGACUGCGGCUUCAAUGCUGUCGCUUGGACCCUGUGGAUCCCUCCUUCUGGGCCGGUAUACUGUAACCGCGACAGCUUCGACAAGUCCGACAGAGAUGACUUUGUCUGCUACUCAGAGAACUCGACGCGUCGCUGCGGCACGAAGCAGUACUUAUAUGUCGCUGUAAACGGAGAAAAUUACCUGGAGAGGGACCUUGGCAACGGCGUCAAAUCGAGGUCUCUGAUCGUGGACACGGACAACUGCAAGUACCUCCUCCAGAGAGAAUGCUACGAUGACGGCUCCGUGUGGCACUACAUGACGUACAAGGAGACGUGGACGCAACCCGAAAUCGAGAGCUUCAAGACAAGGGUCCAGAUCGAACCAGCGCUUAGCUUUCUUAGACCGUACUCAUUUUUGUGCCCCCUAGGAAUACCGUAAAAUGCGCCUGUUAUUUUAGUGGAGAGGCAGCGGUAUCAUCUUUUCGACAUCCGUAGCGUUUUGAAGGUAUUAAAAAAAAAAGCUGGAUGGGCAGUUUUAUGCGGCCGUUUAGAGCGUUAAGCGAGGAAUUAUCAUUGCUGUUGAAACAGCGCUCGCCACCCAGUUACUGCCAAGUAUAUAUAUAUAUAUAUAUAUAUAUAUAUAUAUA